AUGUUGAAACUUGUUUUGUCAAAACCAUCUGGCACUGUUGGUAUAUCAGAUGCUAUGAGCGUAUAUAAUAAAAUAGAUUAUAUUGCUGAAAUUAUCAAUUCAAUCUCAUAUCCAUCAACAACGUACCGACAACCAAGAGAUAUUCGUCUAUUUAGAAAGUUCAAAGAAAAUGAAUUGAGAAUUAUUUUGUUGCUUGGUUAUUCAGUAUUUGAAAAUUUUCUUGAUCAAGAACGUUAUGCUCAUCCAAAAGCAUUAGCUUUUAUUGCACAUAUAGUUGAAGGGCAAUAUCUCUCUCGCGAUGCUCAUAAAGGUGUCGAAUACUUAGCGACAUAUUUUGAUAAAAAAUUUGCAUUUCUUUAUACGGCGAGCGAUAUCUCUGGUUUUAUUUCUUUCGAUAAGUUGUUCAAUACAGGAUAG